AUGUCCGGCCGUUCGUAUGGUAUCGCCCCGGGUUCUGUGGACAGAUCGGGGAGGGUAUCACCACCGAAAGUGCCUCAGCAUGCACCUCCGCCAUUCGAUUAUCAAUCAUCGCCAUACACAGACCGAGACGUCUCGCCAGUGAGGAGUCCAGAGCCAGCACGAAGUUACGAUGGAUUUGCCGCACCAGGCGUCGCAAAUGUGGCCCCACAAGACAAUGGAUCCCAGGCCUUAAGAGACAUUGACAAUCUUUACAACCCGCGCAUGAUGUCUCCUUCACCAGAUCCUUAUGCUGUUCCUUCACCAAACCUCGCCGGACUUGGCGCUCCGAACGCACCACCUGCCUACCAGCAAACACAUUCUCAGAGCUCUUUGGCACCGCUCACGGCGAAUCAAGGAUUGGGACCUAACUCUUCGCCGCCACGAUCGCCAGAACGAACUGCGCAAAGGGGAAUGCCUGUCAUGGCUGCCGGAGCUGGUGCUGGUGCUGGUGCUGGAGCGUAUGCAUAUGGGGCCCCUGACUUUGAUAACCGAAUGCCGCGUGCCUCGUACUACCACGGCGAUGGGUACGACGACUUUGAUCCAAGCUCUAUCGCAGACGACGGAGACGAUGGAAUCGAAGAGACUACUCGGUCGCACAACAACCAACUUGGACCUGCUGCCGCAGGAGCUGGGGCCGCAGCUGGAGGUGCCGGUGUGCUGAAAGCGUUUGGAGCCCGCGAUGCCGGCGGAAAUUAUGGCCCAGUUGGAUCUGACCCUGAGAAGUCGGCGUGGCUAUCGAAGCAAAACACUGGCAAGAAGAGGAUGAUGUGGAUUAUCGGUAUAAUCAUUGGGUUGAUUGUGAUUGGUGCGAUCGUUGGAGGUGUUGUUGGAGGGGUCCUAUCCAAGCAUAAUGGCGGUGGAAGUUCUGGCUCUGGGGGCUCAUCGUCUUCUGGAUCAUCAUCUUCUGGAAGCCACUCGGGAGGAUUGUACGACAUCGACUCGAAGGAAGUUCAAGCUGUUCUCAACAAUGACAAUUUACACAAGGUGUUCCCAGCGAUGGACUAUACGCCAAACUACGCCCAGUACCCACAGUGCUUGUCUCCAGGAGGUGGACCCAUUCAGAACAACGUCACCAUCGACGUGGCCAUCAUGUCGCAACUGACCCCGGCUGUUCGCCUUUACGGAACUGACUGCAACCAGACCGAGCUUGUCCUGGAAGCCAUCAAGCUGUUGAAAAUGGAAGACACGAUGAAGGUCUGGCUUGGUGUGUAUCUUAAUGGGAACACCACCACGAACGACCGUCAACUUCAACAACUCUACGAUCUUCUGGACGACUAUCCGCACGACAGCUUCGCAGGCGUCAUCGUUGGAAACGAGGUCUUGUUCAGCAAGUACCUGACGGCGACGCAGCUCCAGCAAGAGCUCGAGUAUGUUCGCAGUAACUUCUCCUCCAAGGGAAUCGACCUUCCUGUGUCUACCGCGGACCUGGGCGACAACUGGGACGCAAACUUAGCCCAAGCAUCCGACAUCGUCAUGGCCAACAUUCAUCCCUUCUUCGCGGGCACCGUGGCCGAUGAGGCAGCCGGCUGGGCGUACGAUUUCUGGACAAAUAAGGACAAGCCGCUGACGACAAGUGCGACCGGCACCGCAGGAAACAUCACCUACCCGAAGCAGAUCAUCUCCGAGAUUGGCUGGCCGAGUCAAGGAGGCAACGACUGCGGUGACGCCACGAGCGACACAUAUGGCUGCACGAGCGACACCGACGGGGCUGUAGCCAGUAUUGAUAACAUGAACACCUUCAUGGCCGACUACGUGUGCCAGGCCCUCAACAAUGGCACGACGUUCUUCUGGUUCGAAUUUGCAGAUGAGCCUUGGAAGCACCAAUUCGAUACUGCCCACAAUAAGUGGGAACCGUAUUGGGGCCUCUUCGACGUCGAGCGAAACCUCAAGGACGGGCUGAAGAUCCCCGACUGUGGGGGCAAGACGGUCGAUAAGCCUUACUGA